AUGCUUAUGCCAACCAUCCUCGUCGUCGGUACCACGGAUACCAAACUCGAUGAAAUCCUGUAUUUGCGAGAACAGAUUCUAGCUCAAGGUACUUGCCGCACCAAGAUUCUCGAUGUAAGUCAUACUGCAGCCAAGUCGAAUACCCUGGACAAACUCCCUCCCGGCGAGACCCUCUCACCGUUACGCGAACACAGUGCAACCUUGAAGGCGCUUUCUCGUGGAGAAUACAUCGACCAGGCCAUUGAGCUAUGUCUGCCAAUGGUCAAGGAUCUCGUAUCCAAAUCUCAAAUCCAAGGGAUCGUAUCCUCCGCCGGCAGCAGUGGCUCAUCCCUGGCGACAGCCUUCAUGCGGAAUGCAUGUCCAGUGGGAUUCCCCAAACUCAUGGUUUCAACAAUGGCAAGUGGAGAUGUGAAGCACUACGUCGAGGAAACAGAUAUCACUAUGAUGUACAGUGUCGUCGACAUUGCGGGGAUCAACUCCAUCCUCAAGCGAAUCCUUUCCAACGCCGCUGCAGCGAUCUCGGCCAUGACGGUUUCCUACGCAAAGUCUCUUGUUGACCCUUCUUUGACAGAGAUGAAAGGCAAGCGGAUUGCCAUCACCAUGUUUGGCAACACUACACCUUGUGUCGACCAAAUUCGUCGAAUCUUGACCUCCACCCCACAUGACGUUUCCGAAUAUGAGAUCUAUGUGUUCCAUGCCACUGGAUCGGGUGGUCGUGCCAUGGAACGACUCAUAGCCGAAGGGCAAAUUGACGCGGUGGUGGAUUUGACCACAACAGAGAUCCCAGACGAACUCUUUGGUGGCGUUCUCAGUGCGGGACCAGAUCGACUCGAAGUUGCGGCAAAGAUGGGUAUUCCCAUGAUUGUCUCGGUCGGAGCAUGCGACAUGGUCAACUUCGGUCCGAAAGAUACCGUGCCCGAGAAAUACCAGGAUCGCAAACUGUUUGUUCACAACCCUGCGGUGACAUUGAUGCGUACCACGCCAGAGGAGAACAGGAAAAUUGGCGAGUUCAUUGUCUCCAAACUAUCAACUCAUGCCACCAACCCGACGGCGAUUCGCGUUCUUCUCCCUCAAGGUGGAAUCAGCAUGCUUGACGCACCAGGAAAGCCUUUCCACGAUGUUGAUGCCGACAAUGCUUUAUAUGAGAGCAUCGAGGAAGGAUUGGAAGCCACACAGAUCGAAAUCGAGAAACAUCCACUACAUAUUAAUGAUGAAUUGUUCGCAGGACAUGUUGCUUCUGCCAUACUGGAGGUCAUGGGUGUUACACCGAGGAAAUAUAGGCUUGCCAACGCCAGGAGACGAAAAUGGAGUUUCGAUCAUGGUGCGACGGUGAUGAUGGCUAGGAGAAGCAGCCGGGUUGAGAUUCCGGAUGCUGUGUAG